AUGUCUUCUAGCCACCAAUACAUUGUUAAUGCUCAUUUCAAUGGGAGUGUUGUUGUAUCAGAUGAAGUCGGUUUGAUAUUUGAAAACACUGACGUAACUCGUUUCAGUGUAAAUAAAAGAUCGUCAUUCCAACAUUUUAAGGAAAGGUUACAGAUGAAGGUGAACGCUGGAUCAGUGUCACAGAUUACGUACAAAAAUAUUGUCCAUUUUGGGGACAAUCACUUUAAAUUUGUUCCACUAAAGGUUCGUGACGACGACGAUGUUGAAACGAUGUUCUCGAAUCAUGAACGUUUUGGGUUUCAACACAUUGAAUUAUAUGUAACAUUUGCACAAUGUGAAGAAACUCAAAAUUCUCAGGUCAUCAAUCUGUCCAUAAUUCCACACGAAGCAGUCGAAGAAGAAGACGGCGAAGAAGAAAACGAGACACAGGUUGAUGAUUUAUUUUCUACUUUGUUUGAGGAAGGGAACAUUGUCAACGAAGUCAACAGAGAUGAACAAUAG